GGACCAAACGCUAUUCUGUCACUGCAAAGACGAAGGCGGCGGUUGUUGGCACGAGUGGCCAGUGUGGCCAUUAGCUCCUGACCGUCCAUCACCAUCCCACCCAUUGCUCCCUCCCUUCAUUUCUCAGCCAUGAUCAGCAGUAUCCAUGCGGCGAGCAUGUUGGGUCCCACCCUGCAGGUUCUUCGUGGCCGUUGGUUCAUGGUCUUCGCGUCGUUCCUGAUCAUGUCGGGGGCGGGAGCCACCUACAUCUACGGCAUCUACUCCAGCGACAUAAAAUCAUCAAUGUCCUACGACCAGCAGACGCUCAACACCAUCGGAUUCUUCAAAGACCUCGGCGCCAACAUCGGCAUCCUCUCCGGCCUAAUCAACGAGGUGACUGCGCCAUGGGUCGUCCUCGCCAUCGGCUCUGCAAUGAACUUCUCCGGCUACCUAAUGGUCUGGCUCGCCGUCACGGGCAGAAUCGCCCGACCCAAGGUCUGGCAGAUGUGCCUCUACAUCUGCAUUGGCGCCAAUUCCCAGACCUUCGCCAACACUGGCGCACUCGUCCCCUGCGUCAAGAACUUCCCAGAGAGCCGUGGCAUCAUGUUGGGCCUUCUCAAGGGCUAUGUCGGGCUCAGCGGGGCCAUUUUCACCCAACUCUAUCUUGGAUUCUACGGCCACCAUUCCAAAUCACUGAUCCUACUCAUUGGGUGGCUCCCAUCCGCACUCUCGAUCAUCUUUCUCGGCACAAUUCGGAUAAUCAAACCCAUCCGUCAGCUGAAUGAGCUCAAGAUAUUCAACUCUUUUCUCUACAUUGCACUAGCUCUAGCUGGAUAUCUCAUGCUCAUAAUCAUCGUCGAGAAGCAGACCAGCUUCUCCGCUAUUGAGUAUGGUAGCAGUGCUGCUGUCCUUCUGUUCUUGCUCUUCCUCCCUCUCGCUAUCGUCGUGAGAGAAGAGCUUUCAAUACAGAAGCUCAAAAACCAAUCUACGAUAUCCAUCUCCAUGCAGGAAAAACCAUCUGUAUCAGCAAUUAAUGCACCACCCCUCCCACCAAUUCCUUCCUCUCCGCAACAGCAACCGCCAACUAAGCGAACAUCAAUCUCCCGCAUUGCAGAUAUCUUUAAGUCACCAAAGAGAGGCGAGGACUACACCAUCCUGCAGGCGCUCGUGAGCAUCGACAUGCUAAUCAUCUUCAUCACGAUUGUAUGUGGCAUUGGCGGCACUCUAACAGCGAUAGACAACAUGGGUCAAAUCGGCGAGUCCUUAGGCUACCCUCGUCACACGAUCAGCACCUUUGUAUCGCUAAUAAGCAUAUGGAAUUUCAGCGGGAGGGUGGCAGCCGGCUUCUUCUCCGAAAUCCUCCUCUCUAAGCACAGGUUCCCUCGACCGUUGAUGCUUACGUGGGUCCUCCUCCUCUCUUGUGUGGGCCACCUCCUGAUUGCAUUCCCCACUCCUGGGUCCCUCUAUAUAGCAUCAGUGAUCAUUGGAUUCUGCUUCGGAGCGCAGUGGUCGUUGGUCUAUGCUAUCAUUUCGGAAGUUUUUGGACUCAAGUACUAUGCUACAUUGUACAAUUUUGGUGCUGUUGCUAGUCCGGUUGGAUCUUAUAUACUCAACGUGAAGGUGGCGGGACGACUUUACGAUCGGGAGGCGUUGAAGCAGCUGGCGGUUGUGGGUGGUGCCGUUACGGGCAACUUGAGCUGUAUCGGUCAUAAGUGUUACAAAUUAUCGUUUAUCAUCAUCACGGCUGUGACGUUCAUUGGAACGUUGGUUUCAGUUGUGCUUGUGAUCAGAACAAGGAAAUUCUAUAAGAGUGAUAUCUACUCAAGAUUCCGAGAGGUGGGUCAGAUUGGAACGGGUGAGAUGCCUGUCGGGCGAAAUGGGAAUGAUGGUGGAGAGAUGGAUGAGGAGAAAGCGUCUUCCAGAGCUGCGAUGGAUGGCAACAAGCAGUAGAGAGAGCAUUUUGCGUGGACUCAGACUGAGUAGUGCAGCACACAGCUGGAGAAGCUGUGGGCCCCAUCAUGAUGUAUGUGUUUUAUCCACACAGUCCAUCCAUUUAAAAGCUCAUUUUAGGGCAUAAGCCGAAAAUGAGGUAGAUCCAAAUCUCAGAUACCAGGAAAGAGUGUUGAUUGAAUGCCCACCAUUAGAAAAUUAUCGUCGGCCACAAAAGGUCUGGAUCAAGCUGAUAUUUGUGUUUCCCCUUCAUCCAGCCAUGUGUGAGCUAAUCAAUAGAUUGAAUGCCAAAUAAAAUUUGUCUAGGAAGAUUUUAAUGGUGGGCGUUCAAUCACCACGGUUUCCUGUGGUGUGGUCCAACUGAUAUUUUGAUUUUCCUCAGUUUUGGGCUCAUGCCUUAAAAUGAUCCGGAAAAAUGGAUGGACGGAUUGGAUAAAAUACAUACAUCAUAGUUAGACCCACACAGCACAGACGUCCAUGCUGUGUGCUACACUACUCAGUCCGACUCCG